AUGGAGGAACAUAGUGAAGUUAUACCGAGAAGAUUUUUAUGUUGUAAAAUAUGUAAUGAAGAAUACAGACAACCAAAAUAUCUACCAUGUCUACAUUCUUUCUGUAAAACAUGUCUGAUAGAUUAUGUUAAACAGAAUUCUACAUCAGAAGGUUUCUUCAACUGUCCAGAAUGUGGUACCCAAUCCAAUGUGCGCCAAAAAGGA